GGGUGGGGAAGCAGAAAUGUAUAUAGCCCCCGUCUCCCCAGCCAGGCCGGACACAGCACGGACAGAGACGCUGACCAGAUAGGGCCACUGUCCCCACUGUUACCACCAUGAAGCUGCUUGCCAUGGCUGUGCUGUUCCUCGCCGUCGGUAGCCUUGAAGGGGCUAUUGUUCGGAGGCAGGCGGAGGAGCUGACUCUGCAGAACCUGGUCUCUAAGUACUUCCAGACAGCGACUGACUACGGCAAGGACCUGUUCGAGAAGGUCAAGAGCCCAGAGCUUCAGGCCCAGGCCAAGUCCUAUAUUGAGAAAACACAGGAGCAGCUAAUACCCCUGGUCAAGAGGGCCGGAACUGACGUGAUCAACUUCUUGAGCAAUUUCAUGGACCUCAAAACACAGCCUGCCAGGUGUCCAGACCAUUGCCUUCGACCCGCAGCUGGCCCCUAGAACACCCACUGGCCCGGCCUACAGCCCCCUCCCAAGACGCAACUUGUUCUCUACAAUAAAUAUUGAAGGAGUCAG